GGUACCGCCGGGAUCGGCCACCUUAGAGGGAACGAUGCUCAGGCUUCGCCCCAAAGCCUGGCAGGGGACACAGGGCGGGGGGGAGGCAUGUGCUUCCCUCUGUCAGAACCUGCUUCGGGAGGCUGAGUGCACCAGAUGUCUCGGAUGCUCUUCCAAAGCGUCACUGUUACUUUGCUUUGGAUGGAGACCAAACCCUCACUAAUAGCAAUAACAAAAAAAAAAGCAAAUUUGGAUAGAGGCAGUAAGGGAUCUCCCUAAUGACAUGCUCACUCUCUGGCGCAUCUCUUGCCGGCGCUCCAUCCGCGACUAAAGCUCUCCAGCCCCGCGUGGAAGGACAGUCUGACGUGGGCUCUCUCAUGCCUUGUCUCGCUCUUCUUCCCUCCUAAAAUCUCCUUCUGAAGGAUGGCAGCUGCCUCUUUCCGCUAUGGCCUGACCAUCAUCGGGGCCGUGCUGCUGGUGACAGGAACGCUGUGCUUUGCCUGGUGGAGUGACGGGGAGGUCGGCUCAUCGGCUGGCAGCGGGACUCGCCUCCUGCCUCCCCGGGAAGCCGAGGCAGUUCCCAGCUCCUCCUCCUCCAGCGCCCUGCUCCGCUCUGUCAGCUUCUUCUGCUGCGGUAUCGGUGGCAUCCUCCUCCUCUUCGGCCUCCUCUGGUCCGUGAAAGCCAACACCAGGGUGGUCUCCCGCCGCUACCAGUACCAUUUCCCCAGGGACCUGCAGUACUUCACCGCGGAGCCCCCGGAGAAGUGGAACUGCAGCAACUGGGAUGCCAGUGCCAUCCCCACCUACGAAGAAGCCCUGACCUGCAGACCUGCCCAUGGUGCCCUGGCCUAUGUCCAGCCCCCGAGGAGGAAGGAGGAUCUCACGCCACCCCUGUACCACUACCUGGAGGAGGAUGAGAGCUGGCAGGGUGGCCGCCGGCGCAGCUCCUCCGACAGCGCCUUGUUCCGCCCCAGCCCGUCCUGGCUGGAGACCCUGCACCCCGAGGAGCCGCAGGCAACGCCUCCCCCCAGCUAUGAAAACAUCAAUGUCCGAGGGGUCUGAGCUGGGGGCAGCAAGGGCCAUGACUCUGUGGGUGGCUGCCCUGUCCCUCAGCUUUAAACUGAGCCCCUUCCUUUGUGGGGAGGAGAGGAGGGUGGGGGAGGAGGGGAAAGGAUCAAAUGGGCUUUCUGAGCUAUCAGUCCAGGGCUGUUGGGAUUGUGGGUCCUGUGGGUGAUGCAUUUAAAGUGUUGAGGGUAACUGGCAUGUUUGAAAGCCUUCAUAUUUUUAAUAAAACCACUGUUGGUUGCAGA